AGAGUUCGGACGUCCCGAGACUUCGCAUGCAUAUUCCAGUUCCAGCCGAACGCUGCAAGGUCAGAAAGGAAAUAUCAUUAGUAGCAAAUAUUUUGUCGAGUCUUUGAUUAUUUCGGUCCAGAAUGAUGCAGUGUGAUCAAGAGAAUGUUCAGAAAGGGGUAAUUGAACAUGGCUCACCGAAGAACAGUUGUGAUGUUGAUGUAGAAGAAGGGGAUUCAAAAGCAGAAGAUGGCGAACUGCAGCCGAAAGCAUUUGACAAUGGAGCCUUGAGCCAGGCAGACUGUCUGAAGUUCCGAGACAACUUGUUUGAGGUUAUUGAAGAACUCCGGAUUCGCAGGGUGACCGAUGCUGAGAAUGAAGAGAGAAUCAACCAACUUGUUAAAGAAAAACAUCAGCUGGAAAGGACAAGAGAGGAAGAGGCUGGAGCUACUGCGGAAUCAGAGAAGAAACAUAGCCAAGAGAUUACAGAUCUACACAGACAGUAUAAAGAGCAAAUACAACAGGCAGAAGAUAGCAAGAAGAAGAGUGGCCUGGAUCUUGAGACCAGUGAGAGGGAGAUGAAAGCAUUGAAGGAAGAGGUCCAGACCUUACACAUGUGCAAGUACAGUCUUGAGCAGAAGGUAAAGGAACAGGAGAGGCAGCUGAAACUCCAGGCCUGUGCUAAAGACUCACACCUGUCCCAGGUGACAGAGAUGGAACAGAAGUGCAGCUCUCUGUUUCUUCAGUGCAGGCAGCUCACAGAGACACAUGACAGGCUGGAGAAGUCAGUGAAAGAAGCAAUCAGGAUAAACAAGAAGCUGAACUCUGUAAACAAUCACCAGACCUGUCUACUCAAGAUAAGUGACACAGCACUGGAGGCUCAGAAGAAAGAAGUGCAACUUUUGAAAGUCCAAGGGCACUGCAGACUGAACAACUCAGAUGUCACUUCAAGUGAUGAGCUGAAUAGCCUUCACAUGCUGCAACAGGAACUUAGCAUACAACAAGACUUGAGUAAGCAGCUUCAGCUACAGCUAGAGGAAAUAAGAAAGGAGAAGACAGAGGCCGUGUCUUCCCUUCAAGAGUGCCAGGGCUUGGUAGACAGGCAUGUUGAGACAUGCAGCCUUCUCAAACAGAAGCUUGUGGUGGUGGAGUUAGAGCUACAGAAUCUCAAAACUGACUAUGAAGGGCUAAAAAAAUCAUUUGAUAAGCAGGCACAGGAGUUACAAAACAUAAAAGAUGUCCACAAGGAUGCUUUUGAAAAGUGGGGGAAAGAGGAAGCUUCGUUACAAAGCAGACUGAAGACAUUACAGGACGACUACGAGAACUUGGAAAAGGCCCAUAACAACCUUGAGGAGCUCAACACGUCAUGGGCCAAGAAAAACAUCAAGAUGACAGAAGAAAUCAACUCCCUGACAAACAUCAAGACACUUGCAACAAAAUACAUACAGGCUGAGACUGCAUCAGUGUAUUCUCAAACUGAAUUUUCUUCAACAGAUAGUUAUGCACAGACAGACCAACAGCAGGAUUGUUUUGUCAGCAAGACUGAUAAGCCAAAGAACAUUGAAUCAAACCAUACGCUCCCUAUUGUCACAAGCAUUGCUCCUAUGGAAUUGGAUGAUGGCAGUGAGUCUAUGGAUACUUCACUAGCUCAAGAUAAACCAUCUGAAGGACAAAGGGAGGACAAGAAACAUGUCGGAAACAGCAAUGCACAACCGUGUAUGGAGACUGAUCUGACUGAUGAAGAGAAUUGCAAAGAGGAACUACCAGCUGACAGUGACAAACAUAGGCCAGUUUUGGAGUCAGAUAAAGGCUCUAGUCCACCACGGAUGAGACAGACAUCAACAUCAACAUGUCAGAAAACUGAUCACCUUGAAGCCAAGAAAUCCACAAAGCCAACCCAAGGAAGUAAACUGAAUGAAGAGUUUGAAAGGAUUGAUAAAGUGUUCCAGGAAGCACAAGAUGGUGACAGUGCCACAUCUUGCCCACAGAAUGGCACAAUUCAAAAGGGAUCUUCAGUGGACAAGGAUCAAAGCAGCUCAACAGUAGCGCCUGUGGUUGUGCCCAGUGAUGUCAGUGGUGCUGAACUGCCAUCCAAUAGUUCUGCUGGUGGUGUAGCUGAUAAUUGCCAACCCACCUCCCAAGGGAACAAUGGAGAAAUUGCAGGCCAGUACCGGUACAAAUUUGUCAGCCUUCAGGAAGCUGUGCCUGUUGUGCAGAAACCACAGUCCUCUGGUGCUGUGCAGUUAUCCCAGGAGACAGGGAUAACAGGAAAUCAGCAGGGACAGGCUGAUAGGAAUGAGUGGGAAGAACUGGCCAAAGGUUUUGGAGUUCAGCCCUGAUGUCAGAUAUCCCUGAAAGGUGCCAAAUCCCACAGAAUUUGAGGACUGCUAAUUUACUAUAGAUCUGUAACCUUCAUAUCUGACAUCCACCAAGUUCCAGUAUUGCUUCAUAUCAGGAAAGUGUUAACUUGCUUGUUUAUACUUGUUUGAGAUGAGUACAUCAAAUCAGUCCAGGUUGAUACGUUCCUUGACUGUUUCUGUUGAUGAAUGGUUCUAAAAUGUUAAAUGUGUAUUAUCAGCAAUGUAUAUUGUCUACAGUGUGUAUCAUCAACAAUAUGUAUUAUCAACAAUGUGUAUUAUCAACAAUGUGUAUUAUCAACAAAGUGUAUUAUCAACAAUGUACAUGUAAGUGUAAAGCAAACAGUCUGAUACAUGUAAAAAUGUUUGUUGAACUUGUGUGCAGCCUUGUUGGCUCUGAUCCCACAGUUUCUACUGUUAUUUACCAACAUUUCUGGUCUGGCAU